AUGAAAAGGCGCUCAUUUAAAGAAGCUCAAGUUGUGAUGAUUAAAAUGAUGUUUAAGAAUCCCUCAUUGCGAAAGUGUGUGGGCGAGGAAGAUGAAGGGGAAAAAAAGAGAUCUGCAGCUUUUAUUCAUCAGGAAGCUGCAAUAAUGCACCACUUUUCACCUUUCGUAACUAUUAUGAAGAGACCUUUACAAAAUUAUGUUUCUCGGAAUAGUUGUGAAGAUUAUCAACUUGAUGAUGUAGCUAACCAUUGA